AAAUUUCAGAUGAAUGGGAAUUCAAAAUUUUUUUCCCUUACCAAAAGAAGACAAAAAAGAUUUUAAAAAUUUUCAAUGGGGAGAGCGCAGUGAGUAGGCUAUGUGAGCGGAUUCAAACUCGAAUUCUGCGUAGAUUUGUGCGCAAUUCGACCCGGUUAAAGCUCAGGAACAGCAGAGCAAGCACAGAAAUGAAAUGAGGCCGUCCACGUGAUAACCCUACUUCUUCACAGAAACCUACGCGCUCCUCCAAAACCCACAUUCACCUUAUCCUUCCUCCCUAGCUCUGCUUCCCGCACUUCAUCGACCCACUCUAAAACUGCAAUGGCGAUAAUCCGAUGACCCAGAAUAGAAAGUGUUUCUCCGACCAUCGGAAAGUAAAGACACAGCCAUUCUCAUAUGGUCUGAGGUUAAGGGCAGAAAAUUAAUAUGGAUGGCGGUGACUUUUUGGGAGAAAAUAAUAGUGCGUCCGAGGAUUUCUUGGAUAGCAUCAUCAAUUUUUUUGAUUUUCCAAUGGAGAGCGUGGAAGAAAAAACCACCGGAGAUGAUGGCAAUGCUGGAGUUCAAGGCCUUGGGCCAUUGCCUUCUGAUGCUUUGUUGGGUUCAUCUUCUAAUAUUUGCAGCAAUGAGUCUUCAGAAAUUCUCACCAAACACUCUGUUAUGUGUAAUGCAACUCCUCUGCUACAACAGUCAACAAACCUGGUUGGAGGGAUGUCUAACAAACACAUUCUCCCAAAGAAUGAACCUUCUAACAGAGAAGAGUUGAGCAUGCUCCAAACCUCUAGCCCUAUUUCUGUCCUUGAAAGCAGCCGAUCUAGCUCAGUUGAAGAGACCGUGCCCGUCUGUCCCACCUCAUAUCAUAUGCGCAGUGAAAAUCCAUGCCCCACAACCCUCAAUCAACAGACGGUGACCACGGUUGUCUCCACUUCCUCAUCAUCUGAAAAAUCUCAUCCUUUGGGUACUUUUGAGUCGAAAGUUUAUUCUUCAGAAUAUCUUCUUAAGAAGAAUCUGAACCUUGUCAAAGGAAAAAGGAAGAAGAGAAAGAAAAGAAAAUUAUCAUUGUUAUCAGGCACCAUGGAAACGAAGAACUCCUUACGGGAGCCUCGUGUUUCAACCUUGAAGAACUCGUUUCCCAAGCCAUCCCGUCCAACCUUGCCAAAGCCAGUUGCAACUAGAAAAUGCACACAUUGUGAGACAACAAGGACUCCACAAUGGAGGCUUGGACCAUUGGGACCGAAGACUCUCUGCAAUGCAUGUGGAGUUCGCUACAGGUCAGGUCGCCUCUAUCCCGAGUACCGGCCUGCAGCAAGUCCUGCCUUUGUUGAAUCUUUGCACUCAAACUCCCACAAAAAGGUUCUGGAAAUGAGAACAAAUGCUAAACAAGAUUCAACUGAUGUGGUCGAGUCUGAGGUUGAGACAGAUGCUACAAUGUCACCUCCUCCAGAAUUUAUUCCCAUGAGCAGCUAUUUGUUUGAUUGCAUAUUUGAUGAUGGAGGGGGCAAUUUUUCUAAAAUGGAUCCUUGAACUUUUUCCUAUUCCCCCUCCCCUCUUCCAUCCCAAAAAUUUCCUAGACAACUUGUGUGCAAAGAUGGAUGAAGAGUUUGAAUGGCCUCAUAUUUGAUGGUUGGGAAAAAAAAAAUUUCAAUUAGAAGCUUGAAAUUAGUUUUGGGAUGAUUCAAGCCCUUUAGGUAUUGAAAUUUCCUUUCAUGUCUCUCUAGAAAGAAAUUCUUUGUUUUUUUUUUUUAAGUCAUUUUUUAUUUUCCUGAAAUUCAAUCUCAUUUUAAACUGUACAAUGGACCACACAAGCUGGGGGAAGGGAAACUGCAGGCCAUGAUUAGAAAUUUGGAAUUGAUCUACUCAGUUUCGAUCCAUGGUGAGGCACCAAGGUCUGUCUUGUUGCCUCCUUGUAUUUAAAGUCACCGCAAAAUAUUUUCUUAGAAAUGACCCUUUAUGAUACUAUGAGAGAAUUCUGGUCUGUAUCUUUAUAAUAUCUUGCAUCUUUUCUCU